CAAGUGUUGUUGGUAAAAUGCUGACAAAGAAAAACCAUUUAUCUUUACCAGUUUAUGCAGUAAACCAAAACAGUCUUUUAAUCAUUUCUUUUUGAUCAUGAAAUCUGCUACGUUGUUAAUGAUAUCUUGUUUUCUGAUGUUCAUCAUUCUACACCAUAUGAAAGAGGUGGAAGCGGCUCCUCAGCAGACAAAGGGAGUGUGUGAACUUGCAGAUCAAUUCCCGGGAAAAUGUGGCAAAGAGGGAAGCAAUGUGUGCAUAAACGAAAUGCAAAAGAAAGAACCUGAACAGAAAUUGCGUUGCCAAUGUUUUGAUCACCCCACUGUCAUCUUGGCUUGGAAAAAACACAUUUGCAAAUGUCGUUAUGAUUGCUAAGAUCUCUUUAGUAAUUCCGAAUUAAGAGAUGAAAUAAUUAAAGAGAGGGUGUUGUAGGAAACUCAUUAUAAUAAACUAGAUUACUUUUUCGAUUUUGGCAAAUAAUCUAUUACAGUACAGAUCUUUUAAUGAGAAGCACACGUUAAACUGUUGAUGAGAUUCUCCGAAUGAAUCAACCAUUUCUUAAUAACGUAUUCCUUCACAUCCUUUUCGUCGUCUCCAAAUAUAUUGCACAACGCCCUGACGUAGUAAUGUGGGAACUUUCCGUUCAGUUUCAAGAAGUACAUGACGAUUCUUGUCUCGUCUCCGCAUAUUUCUUCUGCCACCUCGAAAUGAGUUGUUUCGGGUUCGUUUGAAGGAGAAGGAGAAAGCGACUGAGCGAGGUUUCUUCUUAUGCAAGCUUCCACAUGGCUCGUUUUGGCUGAGGAGAAUGCAGAAAUGGAGAGAACGACUGCGAAGAAAAUGAUGAUGUUCAUGGAGGUCUUCAUUAUUGAUUCUGGUUUCUCU